AUGAAGUCACUCGCGGCCCUCGUACUGCUUUGUUCAUCCAUAGCCCUUGCCGACAGCUUCCAAGAACCCCUCGCGAACCAGCGGCCACGGACGCACCGAGUCGCAGUAAUAGGAGGCGGCGCAGCCGGUGCAUCGACCGCGUACCACCUGCACAAGUUUGCUGGUGAACGUUCGCUGGAUACAACCCUCCAGGUCACGUUGUUCGAGAAAGAAAACCGUAUAGGUGGACGGACAACCACAGUCAAUGCACUGAAUGAUACACGCUUCCCUACCGAGCUAGGAGGUAGUAUCUUCGUCCGUAUCAAUCAAAUUCUCUACAACCUUACCCAGGAAUUCGGCCUGUCGACCGAUGCCAGGGUCUUUGGCGAUGAGGUCACUUCAGACUACGACCUGGGCGUAUGGAACGGUAAGGAGUUUGUGUUCAAGCAGAGCAACAGUGAUAGUCGAUGGCAGGGCUACUGGGACAUCGCCAAGCUGCUCUGGAAGUAUGGUCUGGCACCAGUUCGGACCAGGAAUCUCGCUCGCACUGUGGUUGACAAAUUCUUGAGGUUCUAUGAGAAGCCGCAUUUCCCAUUCGCGUCGCUCGGAAACGUGAUCGAGAACAAUGAGCUCCUCGAGUACAUCUCUAUGAGUGGGAAGGAUCUCCUCGCGGCAUAUAAUGCCGAUGGUGCCUUUGCUAAUGACAUCGUACAGGCUUCUACCCGUGUGAACUAUGCCCAGAAUCUAGACCAAAUCCACGGCGUGGAGUCCAUGGUUUGCAUGUCGACCGAAGGUGGCAUGAGCGUUGACAAUGGCAAUUGGCAGAUAUUCCACGAAGCAGUGAGGCACUCGGGAGCUGAAGCCGUCAUGGAUACGUCCAUCACCAAAGUCACCAGGAAUGCUUCGGAUUCGACAGCAUCUUACAUCCUCUCGACAAGCGACGAAACCGACUUCGGACCUUUCGACGCUGUCGUGCUCGCCGCACCGUAUCAAUUCGCCAAUAUCGAAUUCGACCCGCCUCUGAAACAUGUGCCGGAAAGUAUUGAUUAUGUCUCACUAUACGUCACGCUGUUUACCUCGCCACACUUCUUGUCACCAGCUUUCUUCGGCCUAUCGCCAGACUCACAAGCUGAAGUGCCGUCGACCGUCUUGACGACUCUCCCAGAAGACGCAGAUAAGGAUGAUGACUUGCACGACUUUUUUAGCAUUUCUCACUUGAGCACGUUAUACGCAUCCGAUGCCGCCGUUGCAGAAAAUGCCAAUUUGUCGAUCCCACAGAAUCUGUAUAAGAUCUUUUCGCACGGGCCUCUGACUGGGGAUUUCAUAUCGAAGCUACUCAACUUCGACCACACCUCGACUGCCGGCAAGUCGGAUCCCAUCUCAGAGCUGCCAUCCUGGGACGUCUCAUGGCAGCUGGAGAAGGUCUGGCACAGCUACCCUUACGAAAUACCGCGAACCGAGUUCGAGCGUAUCAAGCUUGAAGGCGAUGAUCGACAUGAUGGUUCUGGCAUCUGGUACACAAGUGGUAUUGAGAGCUUCAUCUCGACCAUGGAGACUAGUGCACUGAUGGGUGCGAAUGUUGCUGGCCUCAUUGUGCAGGAACUCGGGAAUCCAUAUUGA